AUGCCUCGCAAAUUCUUCGUCGGAGGAAACUUCAAGAUGAAUGGUGCUGUAGAAAGCAUCACAUCUAUCAUUAACAACCUCAACUCUGCCAAACUCGACCCCAGGACUGAGGUUGUCAUUGCUCCUCCCGCCCUCUACCUCCUCCUCGCCCGCCAACUGGCCAACGACAACAUUGCCAUUUCCGCCCAGAAUGUCUUCGACAAGCCCAAUGGUGCUUUCACCGGUGAACUCAGUGUCUCACAACUCCAGGAUGCCAAGGUUCAAUGGGCUCUGGUUGGCCACAGCGAGCGGAGAACCAUUCUGAAGGAGACGGAUGAGUUCGUUUCCAGCAAGACAAAGGCUGCUAUUGACGGUGGUCUGAGUGUUAUCCUCUGCAUUGGUGAGAGCCUCGAGGAGCGUGAAGCUGGCAAGACUAUCGAUGUUGUCACCAAGCAGCUGAACGCCGUCGCUGCCAAGCUGUCCAAGGAGGAUUGGGCCAAGGUCGUCAUUGCCUACGAGCCCAUCUGGGCAAUUGGUACCGGCAAGGUCGCCACCACCCAGCAGGCGCAGGAAGUCCACGCUGCUAUCCGCAAGUGGUUGGCCGAAGCCAUAUCCCCGGAGGUUUCCGAGGCCACUCGUGUCAUCUACGGCGGUAGCGUCAGCGAGAAGAACUGCCGCGACUUGGCUAAGGAGCACGACGUUGAUGGUUUCUUGGUCGGCGGUGCAAGCUUGAAGCCCGCAUUUGUCGAUAUCAUCAACGCUCGCGAGUAA